GACCCCUCUACCCAACUGGUGGAAAAACAAGCUCUCAAGAGGAUGAUGGAAGCUCCACGUCAAUUUCACUCCUUCCACCCUUUAACUAUUUUGGCAAAUUCUACUCUCAGACAUAUGUGAACCACAAUGGACAUCUGACCUUUGAAACCCCAUGGAGUAGUUUUACACCAGAACAGAUUCCAAUCUAUGGAGGAAGAGACAUAAUUGCUCCUUACUGGACUGAUUUAGACAAUCGUGAAAGUGGUAACAUCUACUAUGUUCAGUACACCCAUGGCUCUAUUCUCCAACAAGUUACCCAGGACAUCAACUUGUACUUCCCAGAACUUAACUUCCAUGCCAACUGGAUAUUUAUUGCAACAUGGCAUAAAGUUCCCUAUUAUGCAAUGCCUGAAAGACAAAACACCUUCCAGGCAGUCUUGGUUUCGAAUGGGAAAUAUUCAUUUGUGAUACUGAAUUAUGGAUCCCUUGCGACUAAAAACCACUCUGUAGAGGCUGGAUAUGACACAGCAUAUUCCUGUCACCACUUCAACAUUCUUGGAUCGUUCUCUAAUAACACAGUUCCAAAAGUCACACUUUUAAGCCUUGGUAGUAACGUCAAUGUAUCCGGUCGCUGGGCUUUCCGUGUAGAUGAUGAUUCAAUGGACUACAAUGGACCCCUGUACCCAAUUGGAGGAACAACAAGCCCUCGAAAUCUUAAUGGAAGCUCCCCAGGAAUUAAACUCCUCCAAACCUUUAACUAUUUUGGAAGAUCUUAUCCUCAGAUUUAUGUGAAUCACAAUGGACAUCUGACCUUUGACCACCCAUGGAGUAGUCAUUCACCAAAGCAGUUUCCUAUGUAUGGAGGCAGAGAUAUCAUAGCUCCUUACUGGACUUAUUUAGACAAUCGUGCAAGUGGUAACAUCUACUAUGUUCAGUAUACCAACGGCUCUAUUCUCCAACAAGUUACCCAGGACAUCAACUUGUACUUCCCAGAACUUAACUUCAAUGCCAGCUGGAUCUUUAUUGCAACAUGGCAUAAAGUUCCAUAUUAUUCAAUGCCUGAAACACAAACAACCUUCCAGGCAGUCUUGGCUUCCAAUGGGAAUUACUCAUUUGUGUUGCUGAAUUAUGGGUGUAUUGCAUCGGCACAGUUCCUUAUGGAGGCUGGAUAUGACACAACUGAUUCCUGUCACCACUUUACCAUCUUUGGAUCAUUUUCUAAGAAAAAACUCCCAAACAGAAGUAGUAACGUCAAUGUAAAUGGUCGCUGGGCUUUCCGUGUAGAUAAUGGUUCAUGGUACUGCAGUGGACCCCUCUACCAAUAUGGACGAACUCGAGAAGAUGAUGGAAACGCCACACAAAUUUUACUCCAUACAACGUUUAACUAUUUUAACAGAUCUUACUCUCAAAUUUAUGUGAACCGCAUUGGAUAUCUGACCUUUGUAGCACCAAUGAGUAGUUACUCACCAGAACAGUUUCCAGUUGAAGGAGGCAGAGAUACCAUUGCUCCUUAUUGGGCAGAUUUAGACAAAAGUAAAAGUGGUAAAUUCUACUCUGUUGAGUAUACCCAAGGCUCUAUUCUUCAACAAGUUUCCCAGGACAUCAACUUGUACUUCCCAGAACUAAACUUUCUUGCCAACUGGAUCCUUGUUGCAACAUGGCUAAAGCAAACAGCUUUUCAGGCAGUCUUGGCUUCCAAUGCAGAGUACUCAUUUGUGAUGCUGAAUUAUGGUUCCCUAGCAUCCAAACCAGUCUCUGUAGAGGCUAGAAAUAACAUAAACCUUUUCUGUCACCACUUCACCAUCAUUGGAUCAUUCUCUGAUAACACAAUCCAAAACAGAACUCUUUUAAGCUCCAGAAGUAAUGUCAAUCUACCUGGUCGCUGGGCUUUCCGUGUGGAUAAUGGUUUUAUGGACGACAAUGGACCCCUCUAUCCAGUUGGAGGAAAUAAAAGCUCUCGAAGUGAUGAUGGAAGCUCCCCAAAAAUUACACUCCUAAAGUCCUUCAAGUAUUUUGGAAAAUCCUAUUCUCAGAUUUAUGUGAACCACAAUGGACAUCUGACCUUUGAAGCCUCAUGGAGUAGUUAUUCACCAGAACAGUUUCCAAUUGAUGGAGGCAGAGAUAUUAUUGCUCCCUAUUGGACUGAUUUAGACAAUCGUGAAAGUGGUGACAUCUACUAUGUUCAGUACACCAACGGCUGUAUUCUUCAGCAAGUUACCCAGGAUAUCAACUUGUACUUCCCAGAACUUAACUUUGAUGCCAGCUGGAUCUUUAUUGCAACAUGGCAUAAAGUUCCCUAUUUUUCAAGGCCUGAAACACAAACAACCUUUCAGGCAGUCUUGGCUUCAAAUGGAAAUGAUUCAUUUUUGAUCCUGAAUUAUGGGUGCCUUGCAUCUAAAUCAUCCUCUAUACAGGCUGGAUAUGAUGCAUCCUAUUCAUGUCACCACUUCAACAUCUUUGAACCAUUCUCUAUUAACACAACCCAAAACAGCUCACUUUUAGGCCUCAGUAGUAACAUUAAUGUACCUGGUCGCUGGGCUUUUCGUGUGUCUAAUGGUUCUAGGGGCUGCACCUCAAACGGUUGUAUAUCCCAGAAGCCACCCCAAUUUGUUGAGGGUCAGGAUGCAACCCCUAGGCAUUGGCCUUGGCAAGCAAGAUUACAGGGAAUUGGCGUACAAGGAAGAUCAUCCUUUUGUGGAGGAUCCCUGAUCACUGACCAAUGGGUGCUGACGGCUGCUCGCUGUAUAGAAAGACUGCGCCUUGCUGAAGUCCAUCUGGGUGUCAACGGUUUAUCAGAUCACGCUAGGGAAGUGAUUGUGGGGAUUGACCAAUACAUUUUCCAUCCUGGCUAUAAUUCUACUACUUUGGAGAAUGACAUGUGCCUGCUGAAGCUGUCAUCUCCUGUCAGAAUUACAGACUACAUACAGCCUGUCUGCUUAGCCUCAGGGAACAGCACCUUUCAUAACGGUACUACCAGCUUGGUCACUGGUUUUGGUGACCUUGGUAAUGACAUCCUGCAGGAGGUUGAAGUACAAAUUGUGGGAAACAAAAAGUGCUCUUGCUAUAAUCAAGACAACAUCAACGAGAACAGGAUUUGUGUAGGCCUUGAUCUGGGAGGAAACAACUCAUGUCAGGGAAGAGAAGCAGGAGGACCACUGGUAGUGUACAAUGGGUUUACGUGGGUGCAAGGUGGAGUGGUGAGUUUCAGGGAUGACUGUGCCGUUCCACAGAAACUUGGAGUUUUCACCCGAGUGUCAAAGUAUGAGAAAUGGAUCAAUGAAACUGUAAAUGGAUGGGAACUAGGCUUUGUAACCUUCACCUCCUCAGGCAUCGACUCCGACUUGAAUUUUACCUGUUGUACAUCGAUGCCUUGCAACUCUGGUGACAAUAGUUUUGGCAGCAAUGAAAACAUGAGUCGCUUCGCUCAGUUCUUGGCUCUAUUGGCUGUUGCUCUAUGUUUUCCAUGUCUCUAAGGGUGUUAUGGCAAUGUAAGAUGGGAAUUCUAUUUGUCCUUUGCACUUAUAAAAGAAUUGGAAUCUUUUUCCUCUCAUAGUGCCUCUCUUGGU